AUGCCUGACUUUAGUCUUCGACGCUUCGCGGAAUGGCAUCCUCAAAGAAAGACCAUUCUAGGCUGGCCUGGUCUGGAGGGUACUUAUAAAGAGUAUCCUGAAAGAUUGGCGAGAGCAACACAAGAAGUGUCAUCAAUUGCACAAGCUGUUGCUCACUUCCAAAGCGUCAUUCUAGCUGUCGGCAGUGAGCGUUAUGAAGAAGCAGAGUUAUAUUUCAAUGAAAUUAACACGCCUUUCAAAAUUACGCUCCACAAAAUCGAAGGCGAUAGCAUGGACGUCUGGCUGAGGGACUUUGCCCCUACAUUUGUUCUCAAAGAGCCGACCAAGGGCGAGGCCAGUAUCGUCGGUGUUGACUGGAACUUCAAUGGCUGGGGCAAUAAACAUCCAACGCCUACAGCUAUCACAUUCGCAAAGACCUUCCUAAAAGACUUUCACAUCGAAAGAAUUGAGACAUCCAUUGUCACUGAAGGUGGAUCACUUGAGACUGAUGGCGAAGGCACUCUCUUGAUUACGGAAAGUUCAAUCUUCAAUGAUAACAGAAACCCGGGAAAGUCUCGCGAAGAUAUUGAGACUGAGCUCAAACGCUGCCUGGGUAUCGAAAAGAUUCUCUGGAUCCCUGGAAGAAAGGGCUUAGACUCGACGGACUGCCAUAUCGAUGCUCUCGUCCGAUUUGUUCGGCCGGGCGCGCUGAUCAUAAGCAAGGCCAAUGAGGUGGAGCCAACCGAAUGGACUACCGUCUACGAAGAGGCUCUUGAGAUUCUGAGCAACGCCACCGAUGCAAAAGGUCGUCCAUUCGAGAUUAUUGAAGUGGAAGAGCCUGAUGAAGACUUGUUUCCGGGCGGCGGCUUUGAGGAUGACCGGGCGGUGAGGAGCUACGUCAAUUAUCUGUUGGUCAAUGGAGGCAUCAUCCUCCCUCAAUUCGGUGAUCCAGCUCAUGACGCGGCCGCCAUCAGGGUAACCCAACUGCUUUUUGGCGAGGAGAGGAGGAUUUAUCCUGUUCUGAUUGAUGAACUGCCUCGACUGGGUGGUGGUGUCCACUGUGUUACUCAGGAAAUUCCCGUAAGCCCAUCAGCAGAGAGCACCAUGAAUUAG